AUGGACACACAAGCAGGAAUAUCUCAGAAGGACAUCUAAUGUUAUCCCUGGAUUGUGACAUAAAAGAUAAUGACAGUAGACAGGAUUCUCCAGGAGAUAACCCCAUUACCCCAAUUAUACAUCCAGCUCUAUCAGCUGAUCCCUCUGAUCCUUGGAAAUGUUCUCCUGAUCACUCUGAUAUUGGUGCAUCUGUUACAGCUCUGAGAGUAGAUACAGUGUUUCCCUGUUCUAUAGAUGCCAAAUGUUUUACAAAGAACACAAAGCCUAUUAACCCACACACGGGUAAGGCAGGUGAGAGGCCACUGAUAUGUUCAGAGUGUGGGAAAUGUUUUACAUACAAAUCACAUCUUGUUAUACAUCAGAGAAGUCACACAGGUGAGAAGCCAUUUCCAUGUUCUGAGUGUUCGAAAUGUUUUACUACAAAAUCAGAUCUUAUUACACAUCAGCGAAGUCACACAGGUGAGAAGUCAUAUCCAUGUUCUGAGUGUGGGAAAUGUUUUACAUACAAAUCACGACUUGUUUUACAUCAGAGAAGUCACACAGGUGAGAAGCCAUUUCCAUGUUCUGAGUGUGGGAAAUGUUUUACACAAAACUCACAUCUUGUUAUGCAUCAGAGAAGUCACACAGGUGAGAAGCCAUUUUCUUGCUCUGAGUGUGGGAAAUCUUAUUUAACUAAAUCACAUCUUGUUAUACAUAACAGAAGUCACACAGGUGAGAAACCAUUUUCUUGCUCUGAGUGUGGGAAAUGUUUUGCACACAAAUCACAACUUGCUACCCAUCAGCAAAGUCACACAGGUGAGAAAGCAUUUCCAUGUUCUGAGUGUGGGAAAUGUUUUGCACACAAAUCAGUUCUUGUUAGACAUAACAGAAGUCACACAGAUGCUAAGCCAUUUUCUUGCUCUGAGUGUGCGAAAUGUUUUACACAGAAAACACAUCUUGUUAUACAUCAGAGAAGUCACACAGGUGAGAAGCCAUUUCCAUGUUCUGAGUGCGGAAAAUGUUUUGCACUUAAAUCAUAUCUUGUUAGACAUCAAAGAAAGCACACAGGUGAGAAGCCAUUUUCUUGCUCUGAGUGCGGGAAAAGUUUUACCUGGAAAUCCAAACUUGUUAUACAUCAGAGAAGUCACACAGGUGAGAAGCCAUUUUCUUGCUCUGAAUGCGGGAAAUGUUUUACACAAAAAUCACAACUUGUUACCCAUCAGCAAAGUCACACAGGUGAGAAGGCAUUUCAAUGUUCUGAGUGUGGGAAAUGUUUUACAUGGAAAUCACAACUUGUUACUCAUCAGCAAAGUCACACAGGUGAGAAGGCAUUCCCAUGUUCUGAGUGUGGGAAAUGUUUUUCACACAAAUCAGCUCUUGUUAUACAUCACAGAAGUCACACAGGUGAGAAGCCAUUUCCAUGUUCUGAGUGUGGGAAAUGUUGUGUAAGUAAAUCACAUCUUGUUAUACAUCACAGAAAUCACACAGGUGAGAAGCCAUUUCCAUGUUCUGAGUGUGGGAAAUGUUGUGUAAGUAAAUCACAACUUGUUACACAUCUGCGCAGUCACACAGGUGAGAAGCCUUUUCCAUGUUCUGAGUGUGGGAAAUGUUUUGCAUGUAAAUCAGAUCUUGAUAUACAUCACAGAAGUCACACAGCUAAGAAGCCAUUUUCUUGCUCUGAGUGCGGGAAAUGUUUUACACACAAAUCACGACUUGUUACCCAUCAGCAAAGUCACACAGGUGAGAAGGCAUUUCCAUGUUCUGAGUGUGGGAAAGGUUUUGCACACAAAUCAAAUUUUGUUAGACAUCAGCAAAGUCACACAGGUGAGAAGCCAUUUUCUUGCGCUGAGUGCGGGAAAUGUUUUACACAAAAAUCACAUCUCGUUAGACAUCAGCGAAGUCACACAGGUGAGAGGCCAUUUCUAUACUCUGAGAAAUAAAUCAUCUCUUGUUGCAUACAAUAGAUAUCACUCAGGUGCGGAACCAUUUUAAUCUUCUGUAGUAUACUCAUCAUUGCCAUGCGUUCUUUAAGGUUCUUAUCCUAUCCUAUGUUUUUUGCAAUAUACAUGUUACCACUGGGUUGUCACAACUGAGGGCCUGAGCUGACGGGAGGCAGCCUCAGUUGUAGGGGCUGAGAUGUACCGGAACCUGGGAGGUUGUAUCAGACCCCUGGACAUGUAAGUAACAUGAAUAAUAACUGCCCGAAGGCGUGACCACGACAACUUAGAUAAAAGUCAAUGAUGUUUAUUAUGACAACUCCGCAUCACAGCAGCAAUAAAAGAAAACGUAAAAGUCAGCAAAGAAUAAAUACAGUUCCUGAGUACUACAGCAUGGCAGGAGCCACAGGGCACUGGUAGUGUGAGAUAGUUCUUAUGAUCUUCUAGAUGGAAAGUCCUUACCAGGCCCGGCUGUAGCAAUGGAGAUAACCCAGGAUUGUACCAGCUGGUGUUCCAGGAAGAGCUGGGUUGCUGAAGGUAAAACAGCUGCUGUGGAUACUGGCUGGAACCAGACUGUUGUU